AUGGCAAAAAAUAUUAUCCCCUUCAACAACGGCGGCGUCUGGAACGAGUGGCUCGCCGCUCAAGAAGCGCAGCUCCCCGAACUGGAAGACAUGGCGGCGGUUAGCAGCCGCGUGGUGCGCAUCUUGGGCGGCAAUCCCGGCCAGAUGCAACUCCAGGGGACCAACACGUAUCUCAUAGGCACGGGCAAAAGCCGGAUCCUGAUUGAUACGGGAGAGGGCAUCCCCGCCUGGACCGAGCGUAUCACCUCCCUCCUCCGCUCCGAAGGCCUCAACCUGGCCUACAUCCUACUCACGCACUGGCACGGCGACCACACGGGCGGGGUGCCGGACCUGAUCGCGUACGACCCAGCCCUCGCAUCACGCGUGUACAAGCACACGCCCGACGCCGGGCAGCGGGCUAUCUCCGACGGCCAGAUCUUUCAAGUCGAGGGUGCCACAGUUCGGGCGGUGCACACGCCCGGUCAUGCGGUAGGCCACAUGUGUUUUGUGCUUGAGGAAGAAAACGCCCUGUUUACUGGUGACAACGUGCUCGGCCACGGUUUUAGCGUCAAGGAGGACCUGGCCGCGUACGUGCGCUCCUUGCAGAGGAUGCGCGAGCUUAAGUGUGAGGUUGGAUACCCGGCUCAUGGUGAGCGCGUUGAGAAUUUGCCGGCGAGGAUGGAUCUGUAUAUCCGCCACAAGGAGGCCCGCGAGAGACAGAUUGCUGAUGCACUCCCGCCGCGCCGGGCAGGGGGUGGAGUUACGAUCAAGGCGCUGGUCAGGGAGUUGCAUGGAGACUUGCCGCCGCAUGUGGUCUCGCAGGCUAUUGAGCCGUUGGCGAGCCAGGUGCUGUGGAAGUUGGCCGGGGAGAAGAGGGCGGCGUUUUCAUGUCUGAACCGUAACCCGGGCAAGGCGCCCAAACACUCUGACCCUGUUAUUGAAUAG